AUGAGCGUCAAGGAUCCUCGUCUGUCCCAGAUCCUGCCGGUCAUCCGGUGCUCUGACUGUGGACACGAUGUCGAGUUCAGACUGCUUGGCGAGCACGUCUGUUCGUCUGCACCUCCUAUGCCUGCCUUGCCAGUGAUCCCCGUGUCAAAGGCCCACAACUCACAGCCCCCACGAACUCCUUCUAGGAACGACUCCCCAGGACCAGGAAGCGGUAUCUCUUCGGGCGCAUACAGACCAGGACAUAAACCACCUCCAAUCCCGAUCGGCUCUGGAGCACCAGCAUCGAACCACUAUGUCGGAGGCGGAAGCAGCAGCAGUCUGACAAACGGUUCUCCUAUCUCCCCCGGCCGUCCCUCGACCGCCUCCCCUCGCCCCUCGCUGCCCUUCCUGGAAAAAUAUGCCAAGAAAAAGACGGCGACGACGGCACCCUCACCUCCAGCCGCCAAUGGCCGUGAUGCCAAUAAUAACAAUAAUACCACGGGCUCACCUCUAUCGGUCUCGCCAACAACCCCGACCGCCCCCAGUUAUGACCGACAGGUACUCUCCAACGGAUCAAACUCUCAUUAUCAGCGAGAGCAGAACGACUACUUCCCAAAGACGCCUAUCGAUGAUCGAUUCGGAUUCCAGCAACAACAACAACAACAGCAGCAGCAGCAGCAACAGGCACCUUCACGAUCAAGGACACCUAUGGAUGAUGGUCGAUAUGGAGCUUCACCUUCACCAAUCCCUGGACGAUCAAAGACUCCAGUGAUGGAUUCUUCUAGCCAAUUCUCGACCAGCCCCAACUCGACACGGGUUUCGCAACAGCCGGCAUUGCCUCAGAAAUCCAAUGCUCGUUCGCCCUCGAUUGCUUCAGCGGCUGGAUUGGGCAUCAACGGAAUGGAUGCCAACGGCCGUAUCAAGUCUCCUACCGGAGGCAACCCCUACCAGGAUCCUAGGACAGAAUUCGGUGGACGUGACCGGGAUCGUGAACGCGAGCGUGGAGGCAGCAGACAGCAGCAGCACAGUGACUAUGUUGAUUCACCACCUUUGAAUGGUUUCGGCCGUUCGGGAUCGUCCGGCUCAGCAGCAUCGUCGGUGUUGACCGAGAGGUCGAUGCAGCGGGAGAGAUCUAACACCGUUCUUUCAGAGCGCUCGGAGCGUUCUGUGCGCUCUACCCGUUCGGAGCGCUCGGACAAGGAUCGCUCCCGCUACCCAGAGGAGGACAAUGAGCGCAGCAACCGUGAUCGUGAGCGAGAGAGAGGAGACCGUGGUGAUCGCGGCGAUCGCGAGCGUGAACGUGAACGUGAGCGUGGCACGACUUCCCGCAACCGAACGGAUCCUUCUUCGGCGUACAAGACUCCCUCACCCCCAAUCUCUCCGGAGGAUGUUCGUUCUUCAGAUGCCAUGUCUUCAGCUGCUCCCAAGCCCUCUCCAUACAGACCUCCUACUCCCCCAGACGCAUCUCCUAUUCCUUCUCGAGGUCGUCGCCCUUCGGUGGCACCAUCACGCAAGGCCAGUGGCGACCAAUUCGACGCCCUCAUGGAUGACCUGAUUCAGGAGAUCAACGUCCUCCCCACAGGAGAACGAUCGGGCCGUGAUUCGUCCCGCCCUGCCUCUUCCCACAGAUCUCGCUCGAGACCCAACUUGCCCGAGAACGGAAUGGAGAGGAGCCGAGUCAGGGAUCUGGCGGGUUCUCCACCACCUACACCAGGACUGCCCAAGCUUGCGAGUGGAUCGGAGAGUAUUCGAUCGCAUCGAUCUGGAAAGGAGCGUAGCGAGCGGGAACGUGAGCGUGGAGAUCGUGGCGAUCGUACGGAUCGUGAGCGUGAGCGUUCUGACCGCACCGACCGUGGUGAUAGAGACCGUGAGCGUGAGCACCGCAGUGACAGAGAUCGUGGUGAUAGAGGAGACCGUGAGCGUUCGGAUCGGGAUCGAGGACAUCGCAGCGAGCGUUCAGUGGUGGAUGAGCGAGGAAGCGAUCGCGCUACCCGAGAACGCGAGAGGAGCGACCGCACCACAUCUUCACGCUCUGCAACCCGCAGUCGAUCGACCAACCGUCGUGGAGGAGUUCAGCACUGCGAAGGCUGCAAACACGAUAUCCAACCCCAGGAGGUAGCAGAUGCGAUCAAGAUGCAGCAUGGAGACUACCAUCCAGAGUGCUUCAAAUGUGCACGCUGUCGUCGACCCCUUGAAUCUGCUCGGGAUGGACGUGAAUACGAGGGACGCCUUCUUUGCGAGAAGGAUUAUCAGAGGUACCUUGAGAAGGAUGCUCAGCGGUCUGAGCGUCCCUCGCGCAGUCGUCGUGAUGCCCCUACCUGUGCAGGAUGCGAGGGCCCCAUCUCCAGCAGCGAGACUCCCGUCUAUGCUCUGGGACAAUCCUGGCACGAGCAUCACUUGGCCUGUUACCAGUGCAAGAAGCCCAUCCAGCAGUCUGUUGGCCAUGUGGAGAAGAACGGCCGAGUUUAUUGCCCCAAGGACUUUGGAGAGUUGUUCUUGCCAAAGUGCAGGUCUUGCAACCUCCCCGUGGAGAAGGAGGCCGUCUGUGCUCAGGAUGGCAAACUGCAGGGCAAGUGGCAUGCGGCUUGCUUUGGAUGCCAGACCUGUAAGAAGCCCUUCCCAGACAAGAGCUUCUAUGUCUAUGGCGAUGCGCCUUACUGCAGGCGACAUUACCAUAAGCUGAACAACUCGCUCUGCAAGAGCUGUGAUCAGCCCAUCGAAGGACCCUGCGCUCAGACCAUGGAGGGCUGGAGAUUCCAUCCGGGAUGCUUCUGCUGUGUGGAGUGCAAGGUGGCGUUGACGGAUGUGUACUACAACUUUGAGAACCAGGCCUACUGCGAGAAGGAUAUCAUGGUCAUCCAGCGGACACGCAACGUCCGUGCCGAGCGUCGCAAGACCUUCUUUGGCAAAGUGUAA